CCCGGAGACCAGUGACGGCAUGCUGAAGAAGGUUCUGGAAGCGCAGCCUUUCCAGACUGCAGGUCCCCGGUGAAGCCGGACCCGGUGCGCGCCCAGCCCGAGUCUGCGCGCUCCCGCCCUCGGGCCCCUCGUUGCCUUCUGCGGACCCUGGGCGCGCCAUGUGCCCCCCGGUGAGCGCGCGGCACAGCCGGGAGGGCGUGUCCUACCUGCACGCCUUCUGGCUGUACCAGUUCCAGCACGGGGCCCAGCUGAAGGUAUGCUUCACCUGCUUCAAGGCCGCCUUCCUGGAGUUCCGGGACUCGCUGGAGGCGGAUGACUGGGACGAGGACGACUGGGACCCGGAGCCAGGGUCUCCUGAGUGGGGCGGGGCCGAGCAGGCGGCGGCCCUGGGGAUGAUGCCCAGCUGGGGGCAGCCUGCACAGGCGGGCUCGCAGGGCUGGGGCCCAGGCCUCCUGGCGUCCACCCUCGCGGGCCUGGAGCAGGAGAGCCCCGAGCAUUUCUUCGUGCCGACCGAGCUGGAGCCUCAGGAUGCCACCCCGCUGGAGCUGGGCCCCGAGGACGCUGACUGGACCCAGGGCCUUCCCUGGAGACUGGGCAUGCUGCCCGUCUGCCCGCACUGGCCGGUCUCCCCCACUGCUUGGCUGGGGUUUUUCCGAGGAGACCGUGAUCCCGGAGAGUCCAUGCUGUUGGAACUGGGCUCCAGCCAGGCCAUGGAGCCUGGUGAGGCUGAGGCCUGGCUGCUGGACCUGCAGCUCUUCUCCCUGGUAACCUGCAGCCAGUCCGUCUACUUCCGUAAGAUGAGGCCAGGGUGGGUCCAGAGGACCCAAGCCCAAAGCUGGACUGUGCUGCUGGAGCCUGCUGAGGUGUGUUUGAUGAGGCUCAAAGACACGCCCCAGGAAUUUGAUGCGCACAAGUGGAAGCUGAGUGUUCUGGAAAGCCCCUCCGCAGGGUACAGUGCGGAACUGGUCCCCGCCGACGUCGCCCUGCUGAAGAAGGGCUUCACCAUCCUCUCCUACUCACCCUCUGCCCAGCAGGAGGAAGAACAAGGGGCCACUGCCCACAGCCCCCCACCCUGCACCCCAGCACCAGAUCCCCCCUGCGCACAGCGCUGGUGCAGAGAAUCCGGAGAGCCUCAACUUGGGGGAGCGGCUUCGUUUCCAGGACCCCAUUACUGAGGGACUGGAAGGACGCCGUGCCCGUAACUGAAGGAGACUGUCUCCCUGCGCCACUGUCCAGGCUCUGAGGGGAGCAGGACACAUAGACACACUCGGAAAGUCGCCCAAAGGCCGGCCCGCUGCCUUAGUGUUCCCCUUGCCUGGGCUGCCUGGGACUCCAGGACCCUCUUAGCCGUGCUGGGGACUCAGAUCUGCAGCAGGAGAGGACUGCUUCGAAUGUUGGCUUGUUCUCCGCUUCCCCCCGCCCCCCAGUUUGGGGCUACACCAAGCGAUGCUCAGGGCUUACUCCCGGCUCUGCACUCCAGGAUCAGUCUUGGCAUGUUCAGGCGAGCAUGUGGAGUACCAGGGACCGAACCCAGGUUGGCUGUGUACCUGCUCUCCGGUCCCCCAAGUGUUGGCUUUCUAGUAGGUAGUUUGUCCACUUUGUUGUAGUUUGAGGUUUGUUUUUGCGCUGGGGUAGGAUCUAGGGCUGCGUACCUGCAAAGUCCAUGUGCUGCCAGAAACUGCAUCUCCAGCCCUUUUUAAAAAGUCUGUGUAUCUUACUCGUUUGGGUUUUGUGAGGUGCUCAGCAGUUACAUGUGCUCCAUCCCUCUGAGCCACCUCCCGGUUCUGCUGACCUUAACCAAAUAAAGUUUUAG